ACAUGAUUCUAUAUUUAAUAUUAAAAUAAUUGAAUCAAAUUACUCAACUGCAACAUGUUGGACAUUUAUGCUGCAUUUAUAUUCUGCAGCUGAGUUGAGUACAAUUUGAGGAAAUACAAAUAAGUACUCGUCGUAUGAUGGAAAGAUCAUUUUUGAUCCAGUUUCUGUCUUGGAUCUCAUUCGACUGGAACUAUGUACAGUGUACUCCCCAGGGGCUGUUUGAAUGAGGUGCUUCUUGGGUCAGGAAGAGGAGGAGGACGCUAAAAGUCAAAGAUGAAGUCAGCUGAAUGAAAGCGAGGAAGAGUUGUGUUCUGUCUUCAGCCCGUUUGGACCUGCGCACACCGAGGACCAUGAAUUUGGACUGCAAAGCUUUGGAACGCGCGCACCUCCACGUAGGAGUGCGGGAGGACCACAGAGACUUUACGGUCCGACUGCACGCUGUCCCGGGCCGGACUGCGGCAUUCCCGGUGAAGCCCCCUUACUCAUACAUUGCCCUCAUCACCAUGGCGAUCCUGCAGAGCCCCAAGAAGAGACUCACCCUCAGUCAGAUCUGUGAUUUCAUCAGCCACAACUUUGCCUACUAUCGGGACAAGUUCCCCACAUGGCACAACUCCAUCCGACACAACUUGUCUCUAAACGACUGCUUCGUCAAGGUACCGCGGGGGCCAGGCAUUCCCGGGAAGGGAAACUUUUGGACUUUGGACCCAAUGUCGGCCGAUAUGUUUGCAAACGGGAGCUUUCUGAGGCGGAGGAAACGCUUCAAGAGGCCACACUCGCCCUGGAGGACAAUGAAGGACUCCGCCGUAGCCGUGGCUCUUCAACCCGGACCCACCAGGAUCCCUCUGCUGGAAACUGAGCCCUGCAAGUUUUUUAAACACCCAGGCUGGUCCCGGGAGUCCCACUGUAAGAACUUUUACUCCUGCUCUGUCCUCAGUCCUCUCCAAGAGAUUCCCGUCUUGUUUGGACCGCUUUUGGACACAACCUCUCCCCUCACCUAUGCCGUCUCCCUUCACGGGAGGACACCCAAUUACAUAAUUACUGACCCGACACGCUCGUCCUGCUUUAGCACUGUUAUUGCUUGAGGCUCCUAUUAUGUAGCAUU